ACAAACUACAAAAGUCUUCGUCAAGGGCCACUCCCAACCACAGAUCAAGAACCCUAUGGUCUUAAUUUAUCAAGUCUUUUGUUCAGACCAUAAAUUAAACAUUACAAGCAUAAGCUUUCAGUAGAUAGGGAUGGAUCCCGAUCAUUUCGGUAAUCGAGAGACAGGAUAUUGUGACUGGAAGGAGUGGCUUCAGGGAGACAAUGAAGAUAUCUUGCUGGAUGGAGCGAACGCAAUGCCAAGCCCUUUCCUAUUCCAGUCACAAGUUAAUGAUAUGGGUGGAACAAGCAAUAGAGUACUCCAGACAGACAAUCCACGCGACAGAAAAAAAAGAAAUGACAAAGAAUAUCGAGCCCGUUGUAGGGAAGACCAGAAAAGACAGCAGGAGGAGUUGGAGAAACUAGCGGUAGAAAAUGCACGCAUGAAGGACGAAAAUGAAUCCCUGGUGAAGGAAAGGGUUACAGUUUUGAGUCCGAAGUUGGAAUCAGCAGCCAUUGAGAUAAAUCAACUUAGAAGUGAAAGUCAGAGCUUGAAACGCAACAGUGACAACCAAAGAAUUCUUGUGCAUGCUUUAACCGAAAAACUGCUUGUGCGCACCUCGACUAAUCCCACGGGCCUUGAAGUUAAUGAUCAUGAUAGCCAAAAUAAACUUAGAAGCCUCCAUGAUGAGGUUGCACGAUUGAGACAAAACGUCCCCCAGGAUCCCAGGAUGCAAGAAAAGAAAAAACUCAUGGAAGAGCUUUUGAGGUUAGAAAACGAAAACAGGCUGCAAGAACUGCAAAAUCAAGCGUAUUGCAUGAUGAUACAAAAUGACGGGGACCCUAGAGGGGAUGAAGCUGAUCAAGCAUUGCCUGCAGGAUUGCUGUGAUUAUUUGCUGAGUAGUACAUUAAGUUGAGGCACCUCUACCAAAUCAUGAGUACUUCUCAAGCUUUUCAUCAUAUUUGAACCCUUUGAGAGAGAUGGAUCUACUGCGGCAGAACAAUCACAGGUCUCCUGUGCUGUGUUCGUGUUUGGUUUAAUUUACUAUGCUUUCCGAAAUAAAUGCCAGCACCUACUUUAAUUCGCUUGGCUUGUCUAUCUUAAUUAUGCAGAUGUAGCUACUGUAUCUUGAAUCACUAUACUGGUAACUCGUCGAAAAUACCCAACGCUGAUGUCUGCCGUUUAAUGUUCAAUGACAAGAGGAUUAUACCUGGUUUAUCAACCAACCUUGAAGAUUAAAA